CUGCUGCUCCCUCCAACGGACUGAUCAGUGACCGCUAAAGCUAACCACACCAAACCCCCCGGCCAUGGCGCUCGCGUCCACCUCCGCCACCGCGCCCGCUGCCGUGCUCAAGACCCCGUCGUUCCUCGGUGCCAGGCGCGCGCUCGCCAAUGCCGCCGCCGCUGCCAAGCCCGCGCCGCGCCGCUCGCUCGUCGUCGUCGCCGCGGUCGCCCCCAAGAAGUCGUGGAUCCCCGCCUUCAAGAGCGACGCCGAGUUCAUCAACCCGCCAUGGCUCGACGGCUCGCUCCCCGGCGACUUCGGGUUCGACCCGCUGGGGCUGGGCAAGGACCCGGCGUUCCUCAAGUGGUACCGGGAGGCGGAGCUGAUCCACGGGCGGUGGGCGAUGGCGGCCGUGCUGGGCAUCUUCGUGGGGCAGGCGUGGAGCGGGAUCCCGUGGUUCGAGGCCGGCGCCGACCCGGGCGCCAUCGCGCCCUUCUCCUUCGGCUCGCUGCUGGGCACGCAGCUGCUGCUCAUGGGGUGGGUGGAGUCCAAGCGCUGGGUGGACUUCUUCAACCCGGACUCGCAGUCCGUCGAGUGGGCCACGCCCUGGUCCCGCACCGCCGAAAACUUCGCCAACUUCACCGGCGAGCAAGGCUACCCCGGCGGCAAGUUCUUCGACCCGCUCGGCCUCGCCGGCACCGUCAAGGACGGCGUCUACAUCCCCGACGUCGACAAGCUCGAGCGGCUCAAGCUCGCCGAGAUCAAGCACGCCCGCCUCGCCAUGCUCGCCAUGCUCAUCUUCUACUUCGAGGCCGGACAGGGCAAGACGCCGCUCGGCGCGCUCGGCCUAUGAUUUUGCAUUGCAUGCUGCCGGUGCCGACGACGACCGUGUCGUGUCAUGCUGUGUACUUGUAUUCAUCGAUCGAUCGAAUUCGAAUCGACCGAGUUAAAUUCUCGAUUGGGCGCGUGGCGUGGGUGAGGGACGUAUGGCUUCAUCUUCAUCGGAUCAGACGCAUUGAAAUGCAAACAAUGGAUCAAGCUUGCCUUGCUUGCAUGGGAUUGAUUGGAUAUUUGGAUUGGAGAUCAAAGAAGAGCGUAGCAGCAAUGUACUGUCUGUGUUCGUGACAGCAAAUGGGGACUUCUUCUCUGUUUUUUCCUCUUCCGUGUAUGUACCAUGUAAUGUAUAGUUUGUGAAUGCUAGUCUUAGUUUUGUUGAGCACAAUCGGGGAUUUAACCGGAGAGUUUUCAAUUUCAAUUGAAAAAUGUUGGCUUAUGCUC